GGAGCAAAUUGCUGGUGUCGACAUCCUGAGGAAAGCGGCCGCUUCCUGAAAACAAGCACAAAAGCCAAGAAAAAUCUGAGGAACAGACACUCAUCAUCAGGGAGCCAAGCCUCCUGCAAAUAUAUAACAAGUGGACCUCUUCAGGAUGACUCGCCAAACCACUUGCUGUCUUCUACUUUUGACUCUCAUGAGAUGCAGCUGGACGGAUAACAAACAUGUUGUGAAACUUGUAGAGGCGACACUUACCUUCAGUCCUGAUAAGGAUGUAAAGUCUGGCACCACAGUCCAUCUUUACUGCAACGCGAAGAUCAGCACCACCUCCACAGAUACACCGUCCCUCCAAUACAGCUUCUACAAGGACACCCAUGUCACCUACGCAAAGAACUCCAGCAACAAGUUUGUGCUUUACACCAUUGAAAACGUACGGGCCUUCCACUCAGGGACAUACCACUGUAUAGUAAAAAGUGGGACCCAGAAGAUAAAAAGUGAAUUCCAACCGCUCAAUGUUACAGGUCUGCAGACGCCUCUCCUCUCCCUCAGUAACGAAAAAAUAACUGAGGGAGAGGAGGUCACCCUGAACUGCUCUGCUCCUAAUGAAGAGGGCUCUCUGGACUUCACCUUUUUCAUCAACUCCAUACCCAUAAAAGUCCCCCUGAGGUCCGGCACUUUUGCAGAAAUGAACCACAUCUUCAAUCGAGAAGCCAAUGUCUCCUGCAAGUUUCAACUGGUCAAUCAGAAGGAGGACUCGCCCAUCAGCAAUGUCCAACGCAUUGUCCUGUCAGAGCUGCUGCCUAAGCCUAUCAUAAUAGCACACCCAAGCCAGAAUGUCACUGAAGGAGAUCGAGUGACAAUUGAGUGCCAUUCCAAUAGUUCCCUCCCUGAUGUGGAGGUCCACCUGCAGAAAGACAGCAAGAUCCUUUCCUUUCAUAAUGUCAGUGCUUCCAGCUCUUUCAUCGCUUUGUUUGAUGAGAACCCUGAAUACCUCUGUCAAUCAGAAGCCAAGUCUGUGCGCAAAUCCACUGAAAUCCGACUCAAUGUUCAAGAGUUGUUUUCAAGACCACUCCUGAAAGCGGAGGCCUCAGAUCUAAGUGAAGGGCAAACUCUUCGGUUGAACUGCUCAAGUGUGUACCUGACUGCAAAGAGGCUGAAUGUGCCCAUCACAUACACCUUCCAGAAGUAUCAACAGAAUCUCAUCAGUGACAACCAGACCGGCAUCUACACCAUCUCAGGAGUCUCCAAUCAGGAUGAGGGAAAUUACGGCUGCAAUGCUACAGCCUGGGGAGUGAGGAAAGCGAGUAACAGCAUCUACAUCCGAGUACAUAUCCUAGUCACCAAACCAAAGAUCCAGAUCCUUGAAUCUUCAGAAGUGAUUGCUGGUCACAAAGUUCAAAUGAAGUGUCUGUCGGACAGAGGUUCUCCUCCAGUCAUGUACACACUGAUGAGGAACAAGGACAUCAUCUCCAGAUUGACAGUGAUGACGGAUAAGAUGGCAGCUGUGUUUAAUGUCACAGUGCUGAAUGAAACGCUGGCUGGGCUUUAUUGGUGUGAGGCGGCAAACCGAGGGGGCAGUCAUGUGGUCUCUGGCUCGGGGGUAAACCUGACAGUGAUAGUUCCAGUGACCAAACCAAUUCUGACUAUCAUCUCUGAUAAAAGUGUUGCAGCGGGAAGUGAGGUCACUCUAAUGUGUCAAGUCGAGAAAGGUACACCACCCUUUACCUUCCACUGGUUCCGAAUUGGAGAGACAAGUGCGUUCUACUCGAAUACAACAGAUAAACGCUUUGGAGUUUAUGAGAACAAAUCUGUAGGAAAAGAGCACAGUGGCAAAUACUUCUGUCAAGUGACCAACAGAGCCAACAAAACAAUGGACAGCAGGAUAUUGAUGGUCACAGUGACACUGAACAUCUGGAAGCACAUAAUCAUCGGCCUUUGCGUUGUGAUUCUCUUGCUGCUUGUUUUGUUUUACGUCAUCAAGUCCAAAUGUCCACCAGCCACAAGAGCAAAGAAUGUAGACCCAGACAGGAAUGCCCUGUCCACAUUGAACCAUGAGGAGCCACCACAGGAGUCAGACGGCGUCGAGUACCUGGGAGAGGAGUCCAACGUGAGAGUCUCCUGUCAUGCUCCAGAAGUGGACUUUCCCUCCAGCAACGAAAGCAAUGGAGAAUUCCCUCCACCUACAGAUACUGAGCCCUGCCCUGAAAGAGUUCCUCUGAUGGUGACCAGACAUGCAGGCAAUGAGAUUAGACAUUCGCUCAAUGGGGUUCCCGACAACAUGAAUGCUACAUCUGUCGAAUAUGCUCAACUCCACCACAGCGGCAUUGACGCUGAACAGUAGAGGAUGGAUGCCAACUGCAUUAUGAUGGAUGGAUACCAGCUGAGGAACAUCACCUCCAGUCUAUUUAUUUGAUAUAGUAAAUAAAUUAAUUGAACUAAG